CCUCCUUCUCCUCCCAGCAGCGGCUCCGCUCUGUGUCUAUUCCCGGAGAGAGACCGCCUCCAUUUUAACACCCACACCCGGCGGAGCAGCAGCGGCUCUCAGAGGACUCAGCGGCCGGCGGAGGGACACGCUCCUGCGGCGGCGGCGGCUCUAAUUCUUCGGGCGUGAAUCAGCCCUUUUUGUUGUUUCUGGGAUGGCGGCGCUGCGGCAGGACGCGGCGCUGGAUUUGUGAGGAUUUAACGGGGCCGUUAUCUGCGGGGAAAUUUCUUGAUUCACCGGCUUCAGAGGAGGAGGAUCGGCUUCGGAGAGUCAGGCGGGCAGGUGCCGUCGGUUCAGGCCGGACUGCAGGUGCAGCAGGGCCGCUGCUCCAUCCGGGAGACAAACAGAGUCCCGGUUUGAGUCUUGACAGCAGCUGAAAUCCACCUUCACCUGUCUGAGAGUCCAGGUUCUCCGUGAGGAUGCGGCAGUGAGCGUGCUGCUCACGAGCGCUGAUCGUUACCAUGGCGAUAUUCGGCAACAGCCAGGCAUGCGCCGGUCAAGACAACUGCUCUAACCACGGCGAGCGGGACUACUGCUACUCGGCUCGCAUCCGCAGCACGGUGCUGCAGGGGCUGCCGUUCGGAGGCGUGCCCACCGUGCUCGCCCUCGACUUCAUGUGCUUCCUGGUGCUGCUUUUCGUCUUUUCCAUCCUGAGGAAGGUUGCGUGGGACUAUGGCCGCCUGGCGCUGGUCACCGACGCCGACAGACUGAAGAAGCGUUUCAGCGACCUGGAGGAGCGGGAAUACGUGGCCUCUGCGAUGCACUCGGAGACGCCUGACCGCUACGAACGGCUCACGUCUGUCUCCAGCUCCGUCGACUUUGACCAGAGAGACAACGGCUUCUGCUCGUGGCUGACGGCCAUCUUCAGAAUAAAGGAUGAAGAGAUCAGGGAGAAGUGCGGCGAGGACGCCGUUCACUAUCUGUCCUUCCAGCGUCACAUCAUCGGCCUGCUGGUCGUCGUCGGCGUUCUCUCGGUCGGCAUCGUCCUGCCCGUCAACUUCUCCGGAGACCUGCUGGAAAACAACGCCUACAGCUUCGGACGCACCACGAUAGCGAACCUGAAGUCUCAGAACAACCUGCUGUGGCUGCACACCUCAUUCGCCUUUAUGUAUCUGCUGCUGACCGUCUACAGCAUGAGGAGACACACCUCCAAGAUGCACUACAAGGAGGACGACCUGGUGAAACGUACUUUAUUCAUUAACGGCAUCUCUAAAUACGCAGAGGAGAGUCAGAUCAAACAGCACUUUGAGCAGGCGUACGAGAACUGCACGGUGCUGGAGGCUCGGAUCUGCUACAACGUGGCCAAGCUGAUGUCUCUGAACGCCGAGAGGAAGAAGACGGAGCGCAGCAAGAAGUUCUUCACCGACCUGAUGGCGAAGGAACACGUUCCCACCAUGAUCAACCCCAAACCCUGCGGACACCUGUGCUGCUGCGCCAUCGCCGGCUGCGAGGAGGAGGAGGCGGUCAGCUACUACACCAAGAGGGAGGCCAAGCUGAAGGAGGAGUACAGGAAGGAGAAGGAGAAGGUCCACACCAAACCACUGGGCAUGGCCUUCGUCACCUUCCAGAACGAGGCCAUGACUGCCAUCAUCUUGAAGGACUUCAACGCCUGUCAGGUUCAGGGUUGUCGGUGUCAUCAGGAGCCACAGUCCUCUCAGUUCAGCGAGGCUCUUCAUGUUUACAACUGGAGCGUUUCGUACGCGCCCGACCCGCAGAACGUCCGCUGGGAACACCUGUCGCUGGGGGGGAUCUCCUGGUGGAUCCGCUGCUUCAUCAUCAACUGCAUCCUCUUCCUCCUGCUCUUCUUCCUCACCACGCCCGCCAUCAUCAUCUCCACCAUGGACAAGUUCAACGUCACCAAGCCUGUCGAGUAUCUCAACAAUCCCAUCGUCACUCAGUUCUUCCCCACGCUGCUGCUUUGGGCUUUCUCUGCUCUGCUGCCCACCAUCGUCUACUACUCUGCCUUCUUCGAGGCUCACUGGACCAGGUCUGGAGAAAACAGGACAACGAUGCAUAAAUGUUACACCUUCCUGAUCUUCAUGGUUCUGCUGCUGCCGUCUCUCGGACUCAGCAGUCUGGAUGUUUUCUUCCGCUGGCUCUUCGAUAAGAAGUUCCUGGCUGAUGCCACAGUCCGAUUUGAGUGCGUCUUCCUGCCGGAUAACGGAGCAUUCUUCGUCAACUAUGUCAUCGCCUCGGCGUUCAUCGGGAAUGCCAUGGACCUGCUGAGGAUCCCCGGUCUGCUCAUGUACAUGAUCCGGCUGUGCCUGGCUCGCUCCGCCGCCGACCGCCGCAACGUCAAGAGGCACCAGGCCUAUGAGUUUCAGUUCGGAGCGGCGUACGCCUGGAUGAUGAACGUCUUCACGGUGGUGAUGGCCUACAGCAUCACCUGCCCCAUCAUCGUCCCCUUCGGUCUGAUGUACAUGCUGCUGAAACACCUGGUGGACAGAUACAACAUGUACUACGCCUACCUGCCCUCCAAACUGGACAAGAAGAUCCAUUCCGGGGCCGUCACCCAGGUUGUGGCCGCACCCAUCCUCUGCCUCUUCUGGUUGCUCUUCUUCUCCACUGUACGCACAGGUUUCGAGACAGCGACGUCCAUGUUCACCUUGGUGGUGCUGAUCAUCACCAUCGUGGUCUGUCUGUCUCACGUCUGCUUCGGACACUUUAAGUACCUCAGCGCUCACAACUACAAGAUCGACACCAAGGAGAACGAUGUGGACGCCGUCGAGAAUGGACGUCCAGCUCGUCCCUCGUCCUCCCCCACCACCAAAUCUCAGCGGCGGCAGCAGCAGCAGCAGCAGCAGCAGCAACAGCAGCAGCAGCAGCAGCAGAUGUACAUUGCCCAGGUGCUCCAGGACCCAAACUCAGACGAGCCGGGCGGUGGCAGCGGCGAGGAGGACCGAGGGUCGUCCCAGGACGAGGAGAUGCUGAACGGAGGGAGCAGCAUCAAUGAGGCGGAUUUUCAGUCAGGGGAGGACAGUCUGAUCGCCAACGAGGUCCGCCAGUAGCUGGCGGUGGACCUAGUGGGAGGGGGCGGAGCUUGUUGAGGGUCCAUAUCCACACAACAGAUGGAAAAUAAAGCUGACUGUAGAAUCACUACACACACAAACACACAUACACAUAGACUUACACGGUUAGCUCCACCCUCUCCCUACAAGAAGACUUGACCCUGACCUUUGACGCCGGCGCCGGCUCGCCAACAUCCAGUCCUGCACGUCUGUGGAAACUUGAUGGACAUCAAACUGUCUCCACACUUAUGUACAGUCACUGUACAUAACCUCAAAGCCAAAAGUUUCUCUUUUUUGUUUUGUAUUUUUCUCGAGGUGUGGGACGGGGUUUUCGUGCCUGGGCUGGAUUUUGUUCGUUCGCACUCGUGUCUUGACUCCUGAUCCCACCGCGGGUCGCCGGGACUCGACCUGUCGAGGGGUCAACGCUGAUGCUGACGCUGUCUUUUUCCUUGGCCUGGCGGACGCCUCCAAUAAACGCCCGCUGCCGCUUACCUCCAAGAUCGGAGUGCUAAAUAAGUCGCCAACCGCCAGCUCUCGUAGUGGUAGAAGCCUUGCUUAUGCAGACGCAUCUCAGUCUCCCUUCCUUGUUCGCCGUUUUCAUCUUUCUUUUUGUGGAACCUGUGGAUCCUGGAUUUUGCCGGUAUGUUCAACACAUCACCUAGAAGUAUUUGUUUUUUCUGACCUGCCAAGCUUUCGCUGCAUGUCGUUAAAAGUGCUGUCUGGUUUAAUGACAUCGCCGCCUUCAGACGAUGUCCUCCAUCGCAGUCUGUUGUGGCCAAUGAACUCGCUAGGUUUCCACCCCGAGGAGGCUUUCUUUUCUGGUUUUGAUUUCACCCGAACUACCUUAAAUCAUGAACACCUGACAAAGGGAACGGGGAUGUUUGUGUCUGCGUAGGUUUAGCAAUCAAAACUCUUUUCAUCCUUGGGGAGAACUUUGUGAAGAUGAGUCGAGUAGUUUGAGCUCGGGUAGACGCGGGUAAGAGCAGCGCUUUUCGUCCGGACGGUCUACCCUCAACGCCCGAAGCUGUCAGGACUCUCAAGGGAAAAUGUUUUCUGUUUGUGUGUUUCUGAAGUGUGCACUUGUCUGUCUGUCUGUCUGUGUGUGUCCGGUAGCUUAUUGUACACAAACCUGCACCAUGAAAGGUUCAACAUCACCACCAGGUGACCAAAAACAUCUGGUUAACAAGUUCCAGUGCUUCUAAAACCGGUUGUUAGUCUACUGUAGAAGUAGUUCAACAAAAUGUUUUCCUUCACUUUGGUCCGAAAAUGUCCGUGUUUAGAAGGAAAACUUAUCGUGUUUGACUUUCACAUCUACAGAUGUCAACAAAGUCCCUUUUUUACUGCGUUAUUGCUGCAGUUCAAGCCUAAAUGGUCCAACUAUAUUUAGUCCAGCUGAAAUCCCUUUUGUUAAGUUACAUGUUCCAGAUUGGACAUCAGUUUCAUCUCUGUGUCCAGUGCACAGACAGGGCGCGUUUAGCAUAGCUUAGCACAAAGAAUGAAAGCAGGGGGAAACUGUUAGCCUAGCUACACCAAAUGAGGAAAUUAAAUCUACCUUCAUACAGCUUGAUGUCUGUCUGAUUUACAUGUUGUAUCUUCUUGUUAGCGUUUAUCUUCGUCUCUAAAGCUAACAAUUAGUGAUGUUAGAAAUUAGUUUAGGAUAAUCUUCUAGGUCUUGAUUGGGUUCAUUCCAAGUGUCUGAUUUACGUGUUGGAUUUAGUUAGUUAACCAGCUAGUUACCUGUUCAUCCUGUAGUCUGGGUGUGGUUGACUAGAGCCAGGGGCCAAGAAGCUAAUAUUUCAUGGCUUAAUAUCAAUCUACAUAAAGAAUCUAGCACAAGAUGAAAAAGAAAACGACCUCUUCCAAGAACUUCAAGUCUGUCUGAUUUACUUGUUGUAUCUUCUUACUAGCUUCUGUUCUUGUCUCUAAGGCUAACCGUAAAGUUUGAGAUUUAAAAUCUAGAUUUUGACCCCUAGAGCUAACCAACAAAACCAACCUGACUCUUGGAUGGAUUGUUGACGAACUCCUUAGCCAACUACAGUGCAUUUGAAAUCAACCUUUGAUGAUGCUUGGCUAGGCUAGCAGUUUUCCUCUGCUUCUAGUCUUGUCUUUGUGCUAAGCUAGGCUAAACACACCCUAGACCUAUCUGUCAACAAACAGAUAAAGAUAUGUGAUGUAUUUGUCCUGGAUUCAAAUUGAACAACACACUGAGAUAUCAUGUAGCCACAUCUCGAGGGUAAUGGUUUUUUUUAAAGAAAAUUAACUUUGGUUGCUUUUACUCAAAGUUCAUACUAAAAACGAGGCUUCAGCUGCAGCUCUGAUGGACAGUAUUUUUCAAGAUGGAGGGAGGUUCGGUCGUCACUUUCCUAUGAUCCUUGCGGUUUCUGAUGAUGUGCGCUUAGUCGGGGCCUGUUUCCUCUGAUUGAAGGGAUUUUGGAGGGAAAUUGGUGGCAACUUCCGUCUUCACUUUAAACGAUCUACCACUACUUUCUCACACCAUAACACCUCGUCGUAUUUACUUCUGAUCUCUCGUUUCUUUUAAUUUCUGUGACAAUCAAGUUUACGUGUCCCCAUAUGCAAUUUUCAAUGGACACCUGCCAUCCAAUUACAAACUGGUAUUUUGUCCAUGGUGUCUGAAACGUAGCUAACUGUUGCUAACCUUUCGGCAUUUACAGUUUACUUUGAUAAUGGAAGCAGAUUUAGCAUCAUCAUUUAUAGUAAUUUAUGACACAUUUGUUCCUUAAGUUAAUACAGAAGUAAACAAAGGAAGUUUGUCAUUUCCACCCGGCAAUCUUCAACUUCGUUGGCUGAAAUUACAACUGAUUUUAUCAGCUGUAGUUAGUUAGCUAAUUAAGCUAACGUUUGCUCCAUCAGUUGGUUGAAAAAUCUGUUUCUAGCCGCCUAAUUUAAAAACCAGAACUCUGUCAAAGAGUCUUAAAUAUGUAUCAAAAAUAAUAAUGCUAACAUAAUGAAGCUGAAGCUAACAGGUCCAAGGUCAUGAUAGCAUGCUAAUAUGCCCUGGUGCAUGAUAUCAUGCUAACAGACUGAGGCUAAAGCUAACAGGUCCCUGGUCAUGAUAGCAUGCUAACAGAUUGAGGCUAAAGCUAACAGGUCCCUGGUCAUGAUAUCAUGCUAACAGACUGAGGCUAAAGCUAACAGGUCCCUGGUCAUGAUAUCAUGCUAACAGACUGAGGCUAAAGCUAACAGGUCCCUGGUCAUGAUAUCAUGCUAACAGACUGAGGCUAGUGGCACACUAGUGGUCAGCUCGUCAGAUUUGGACCGUUCUUUUUUUAAAUCUGUCUCUUUUGAGACAUACUGAAUAUCUGGGUGCCCUUAAGCCCCAGUCCACUUACGAGUUGUAGUUAAGUUGUCGAACAACUGUUGCCAUUUUUAGAUGCGCUGAAUAUAAUUUGGCGUCGCCAGGGAUAAUUCUGCUCUGAUCUGCCCCCUAGUGGACAAACACUGCACUUGCUUUGCAGCUGCUCGUCUUACGCAUGUGUGUUGUUUAAACGUAAGCAUCAUAGGCGUGAUAGAGGACCGGCCCACGACCGCCGUAGUUAUCGGUUGGCCACCCAGCUGGCAGCAUCAUCAUCAUCAUCAGGAAGCGAGGGAGAGGGGGGGGGCACUUUCAAAUAAUAAAACGUUUUCAGUGCAGCGGCGUGACGACGAAACAGUCUCAGGAGUUGUUUGUUUUCCUAAAAUGUUUACAUCAGUUUUUGUUUCUCGUUUUCAUUUUUGGUGUGUGCGUGUGUGCGUGUGUUGCAGACACAGUGCUGGACUAUGAAAGCUGUAGCCACCAGGACGCCGUUUUUCACCAGCGGCGUUCGGCGGCUGCACGCCGGAGAACCUGCAGCGUAUGUGUCCAGGUGUUUUUUUGACUCUUAAGUUUCCUCUACACCUCCAGCCGGGCGUCGACUUUCCGGCGCUCCAGCUGUGAUUGUAUGCACACGAAGGAGAGCGAUCUAGACCUGAUGUCCGAGUCUGAGACCAGGAGGUUCAGCUCAGCAGCAGCUCUCAACCCGACAGUCUGGGAAACCCCUCAGCCGUUCUUUCUUUAGAUCCGUUCAAUCACAAAACAAAAUGAUGCUCACGUUUCAUUUGAACCUGAAAUAAAGACUACAGAAACAACCCGCUGAUGAAACCUGGGCGGUAAAACCUUUUUUAGCUUAUAACUGGUGUUAAAACUAAAUAUGAGCCACAUUUGUAGUAAAGAAAAUAACUCUGCUCGUUGGUCUCGAGGAUAUCGAGAUGUUUCUAGUUGGAGAUCUUAAUCCAAGAUUCGCCAUCUGUUGUCUACAGUAACCGCAGGACGCCGUUAGCAGCAGCUAACCAAACGUUCAUCAUGUCGUUCGAAGGAACAUAUUUAAGAGUCGUGUUUUUUUUACAGCUACAAACAUCUGAGCCGCACUUUCUAUUUUUCACAGAUGUAGCUCGUUAGCUGGCGAGCUACGUAGGAAACGUCCUGUUUUCAACCAGAGCGCAGCUUCAGCUUCAUGAUGAAGAGCUGCUGAGCUGCUGCCGGGCAGAGUGUUCAGCAAACUGCUGUUUCUCUACAGGAUGAGUCAUCGUUUCCCCCGAAACCCUUUAAAUGCAUCCCAGAAAGUCUUUUUAGUUAACGUGAGCGCUCAGCGCUGCAGAGCAGGUUGCGUUCAACAGCAAGCUCAGCAUCAGACGGGGUCAAAGGUCUUGUUCUGGUCUGAGGGUCGAGAGCUGCUGCGUUCGCUGACGUCUGAAGACGCUCGUUAAAACAAAAGAGUGAUAUUUUUGUAACCUGCCGACUGAAGUAUUUGAUACCGAACGCGUAUUAAAGAAACUGCUGUGACGAAGCUGUUGUAACAUGUAACUAAAGGUUUUUAAUAAUCAGCCGCUGCUUUUUUGCUUUUCUUAGGUUUUUAAAUUGUUGCUGUUGAAGUUGUUAAAAAAAAAAAAGACAAAUGUAAAGACGGACGAGUGAAGUGAAACGUGCUGAAAAUGAAAAAGCUGUGUAAAAUAAAAUGUGUGUAAAUAGCCAUCGAACUGCACUGUCGUCCUCCGAGACGAACGACGACUCCAGGCUAACAGUCUACUGGUCCAUCUCAUGCGUUUAAUUUAUUGCUGUGACACUAUUUAUUUUGACUUUGGUUUCCAGGUUGUAUGUACAGUGAAACAUUUGUCCUAUUUAUGUUACUUGAUCAAUAAAAUUGGCUUUCAUCUGUU